CCUAUAACCUCCAAAUACCAAAUUAACCUAAUUACUGAUAUGCGAAAAUUUUUACAAGCAUUUUCAGCGAUAUGUUUUCGUUAGUUUUAAAAUGAGUAUAUACACAAAAGUAUUUCCCUUGUUAGUGAGGAAUGCCCCAGUUUUUAAUAAAAAUGUACCAAAUAAUAUUAAGAAAUUCAUUCGUUUUGCCAUAGUAAGGCCAACUGGUUCAAAAAUUAUUGAUGGUAAAAAGAUUUCCGAGGAAAUUCACAAAGAACUGCGAGCAGAAAUAGACGAAUAUGUUAGUAAGGGACGUCGCGCGCCAUGUUUGAUCGCCAUUUUAGUGGGAGAAGACCCAGCUAGCAAGAAAUACGUGCAGAAUAAAAUGCUGGCUGCCAAAAAAAUUGGUAUAACAAGCGAUACCAUAAAGCUACCAAAAACCGUAUCCGAGGAAGAGGUUAUAAAUAAAAUAAUAGAAUUAAACAAUGAUUCGAAUAUAGAUGGUAUUCUAGUACAACUACCUGUGCCUGAACAUAUUUCCGAAAGAAAUGUCUGCAAUGCUGUAGAUCCGAGAAAAGAUGUAGAUGGAUUCCAUGUAACAAAUAUGGGAAAACUAGCCCUUAAUAUGGAUACUUUAAUUCCCGCUACUGCCCUAGGAGUAGUGGAACUUAUAAAGAGGUCUCAUAUAAAAACUUUUGGAAAAAACGUUGUAGUAUGUGGUAGGUCUAAAAAUGUGGGCCUUCCAAUAGCACUACUUCUACAUUCCGAUGCAAGAAAUGAGUGUUCAGGUCUUGAAGCAACAGUGACUAUAUGCCAUAGGCACACACCUCCAGAAGAAUUGGAAUUUUUCGCUAAAAGGGCGGAUAUUAUCAUAACUGCUACAGGAAUUGCUGGCCUUAUUAGACCAGAUAUGAUAAAACCAGAUGCAUGUAUUAUUGACGUUGGUAUUACCAGAAUAAAAACUGAUGAUGGAAAAAGCAAACUUGUGGGAGAUGUAGAUUUUGAAGGAUGUUACGAUGUGGCUGGCCACAUAACUCCGGUUCCAGGUGGAGUAGGACCUAUGACUGUUGCUAUGCUGAUGGCAAAUACCUUUAAGGCGGCUAAAGCUUUAGCAACUGAAACUAUUUCAUAAUGUAUUUUUAAAAUGUGAUAUUUAAAAUCUUUCAAAUUUUGGGAUAUGUUUGGAGGGUUUUUAUUAUCUUUUGGUUAUUUGUUAACUAAGUAUAAGAAAAAUGUAAUUACUUAGUACAGUAUUAUAAUUUAUACCGUUUUGUAUUGUAUUCAAAUAUAUAUACACUCUAAUAUA